AUGCUCCGGCUUUUAAAGGACCACGGGUUGAAUUCGAGAGGGGAGGAGAUUAAUCUGGCCGGAGGUGCAGGCUCAGGGACUGAUGCCGGGCCUGAUGGAGCAGGUUCGGGGGAAGAGGGUCCUGCUGGUGGUGGUGCUCAGGGUGGGGACUCAGGCUCGGGGCGUGUUCCUUGGAACGAGGUUCCGUUUGAUAUCCGGAUUCGGUACGAGAUUUCUGUGGUGAAACGUGCACGGCCUAACUUAGACAACAAGGUGGUUGCUGCAGCGAUUACAGCUAAGUACGGAAACGAAACGGGGAUGAACUUUCGGUCGCUGGACAGAAUAAGUACGUUUUACGACAAGUGGUUCGGGAUUGUUACCGCAGCGGUGCCAGAUCCGAACCUGUUACGAAUGGAGGAGGCAUUGGCUGAGUGGGUGAUUCAAGAAGAGGAGCGGGAGAAGAGGGAGGUGACUCGAGAGGAGAUUAUAGCGAAGGCGAAGGAGAUAGGUCCGGGGUAUAAUGUGCGGCCGGGUUUCAGGUAUGGCAGGUCGUGGGCUAUGAGGUUUAUGAAAAGGUUCGGGCUGCUGCUGCUGUCAGAGACUAGUAACGAGGAUGCUGAUAACGAGGAUGGGGGAGGCGCGCGAGGAGAGGGAGGAGCGGGAGAGGAUGGGAUGGAGAAAGGAGACGAAGAGGAGGGAGAGGUGGAGGGAUGGGAUGGUGGGUUGAUCAGUUUUGUGAACAUGCAGAUUCGGACUGCUGAAUGGGCUGCCUGGCAGGUGUUGCAUAAGUCGGCAGGGGGUACAGCAGCGGGACGCUCAAUAUCGAGUACAGGGGUAGGAAGGGAAGGAGAUGAAGGAGGUGAAGGAGUAGGAGGGGGCGUUGUGAGUAUCCCUGAACCUGAUCGAGGAAAUGUAGGAGAAGGGGAUUAUUCAAGGGUAAAUAACCCUUGGUGUGCGGAUCCCUUGACUGAGUUACUAGAAGAAGAGGAGGGGGUGGAUUUAGUUUACAGAACAGGGUCUGGGAGGGAUGGAGGAGGGGCGUUGCACACAAUUGGGUAUGGAGAUGGGGAGAGCGCAGGAGGGGCCUUGGGGGUAGAGGAACGGACGACUAAUGGUGAUCCUGAUAGUGGUGCUGAUGACGAUGAUGAUGCUCAUGCUGAUGCUGAUGAUGAUGAUGAUGAUGAUGAUGAUGCUGAUUCUGAUGCUGAUGAUGCCUGUGGUUUUAGCGGUGCUGGUGCUGCUGAGGGUGUUCAUGCUGCUGUAGCUGCAGCAGGAAUGAGGAAGAGAGGAAGCAAGCGGGUUAGGUGGGAGGACGAUGCUGGUGACGAUGGUGGUGGCGAUGGUGGUGGCGAUGGUGAUCGCGAUGGUGAUGGUGGUGAUGGUGUGAAGAAGCGAAGGCUUGGACAACUCACUUCCGGAACAGAGGCUGUUGCUGUAGGCACAUGCGCUGCGUCCCCAGCCACGGGUGCAGCCACCCCAACCAUGGGUGUGGCCCCACCAGCCACAGGUGCAGCCACCCCAGCCAUGGGUGUGGCCCCACCAGCCACGGGUGCAGCCCCCAGCACACCCACUGGCGUCUCUUCCCGUUUGCCCAUUGUCAUCGGCCUUGCUGCUCCCAACCGCCCCAAUACCCCCACUGCCCCCCACACCACCACCCUCCUCCACCUCCCCUCCCAAGCGCCGCCAGCCACAGGUGCAGCCCCCAGCACACCCACCGGCGUCUCUUCCCGCAUGCCCAUCGUCGUCGGCCUUGCUGCUCCCAGUGAUCCCAAUACCCCCGCCGCCCGCCACACCACCACGCUCCUCCACCUCCCCUCCCAAGCCGCCCCGGCUUCCCGAACCACAGACCCGUUGCACUCCUUUCAGGGCGGCCUAGCCGCCCAAGCCGCCCAAGCCGUCCAAGCCCAAGCCGCCCGAGCCCAAGCCGUCCGAGCCGCCCAGACCACGCCUCCCCCACAUCCCUCCAAAGCGCCGGCCAAGGAGGGGAAGGAGCGCCGGCCCCGCCAUUCCGUGCUGAACCCGGGGCAAAGGCGAGCCUUCUGCCUCGUGCAACGGGCCCUGCCGAACCUGCGCCAAGCCUACCUCGCCAGAGCUGCGCUGCCGGCUUGGGGCGUGCAGAUAUACAGCGCCACUAUAUCGUACAUAGUAAGAGAUAGGUGGUGGUGGAUGACUAUUCCCCGGGGGAAAGAGCAGGAGAUGAGCAGAGUGCCGGGGAAGGCGUGGAGGAAUAUGGGGAAGAAGAAGAAGAGGAAGAGGAGGAGGAAGAAGAAGCGGGUGGUUGGAGCGGGGGUGGGGAGGUGGGCGAGGUUGGAAGAGGCGUUGGGGCGGUGGUUUGAGGAGAUGGGGGCGGAGGAACUGGUUUGCCGGGGGAGGAUUAGAGAGCGGAGAUUGGUGCUGGAGGAGCAGGGGGAGGAUGGGGGGAAGGAUGGGGGGAAGGAUGGGGGGGCAGCUCAGAAGCGCCCGUUUCCUGUGUUUCUGACGCUGGAAAUGGUUUCUGACAUGGGGAGGAAGCUUGGGCCUGCUUUAGGCGUUUCGAGUAACUUUAAGUACGGAAUUGGGUGGGCAGAAGCGGUGGUGGCGCGAUAUAGGGUGAAGAAGACCGGGGUUGUUGGGGGAAUUGAGGGAGCAGGAGGAGAGGGGGCAGGGGGAGAGGGGGCAGGGGAAGGGGGACUGAGGUGGGAGAAUGGAGAGGGAGGGGAGGGGGAGCGGGGGGAGGGGAAUGAGGAGGCGGAGGAGGAGGAGGAGGAGGACGAGUCAGAUGGGGAGGAGGAUGAUGAUGGAAGCGACGAGGAAGAGGGAGAGGGGGAUGAAGAGGGGGGCGAGCAGGAGGGAAACGAGGAAGGAGGGAACGAGGGGAACGAGGGGGAAUGUUGGGAUCCGGUUGUGUUGCAGAGGCGGUUCGAGGAGACCCUACGUUCAGCUGCAUACAGCAGUCGAGAAGAGGACCCGUACGCUCUAGACCAGUGGGUGGAUGAUCCAGAUGUAUCAAGCCUUAUGAGGGCAAUUUUGGGGCCGGAUUGGCUUAGUAAGUACCACGGUGGUGCCACUGGCUGCGGCAUUUACCUCGAUGCUGCUGGUGCCAGCAGUGCUGCCCCUGCCGCUGCUGCUGCUGCUGCUGCCACUGCUGGUGCUGCUGCUGGUUUCAGCAGUCCUGCUGCUGGUUUUGCUAUGGGUGGGCAUGGGCAUGGCAGUGGGUUUGUCAGGGGGAGCCUGUCGUCCCUUGCGUCGCCUCUCAUGCACUGCAUGCCCCUCUCGGCAGUGCCCAUGGUGCAGCAGAUGCAGCAGAAGUAUGCGCAGCAGCAGAAGCAGAAGCAGCAGCAGCUGCUGCAGGCACAGCAGCAGCAGCAGCAGCAGCAGCCAGUCAAUGCAUCCCAGCAGCCACUAACCAAAGAACAAGAAGAACCUCCUUCCCCCACCUCCACCUCACCCACCUCGCAUCCCCCCGCCCUAUCUAUCGUCCUUGCCCUCCCCGCCGCAAAUACCCCUGCCAUUAUCACCCCCGACAACCACUCCUCACCCCCCUCGCACCCCUCUCAACCCAGCGAAACCACCCCAACUCCCGGUGUGCGCAAGCGGAUACAUGGCCCCCCUCUGCCCGUGCCGCUCCGCCGCUCCUUCCAAAUGACCACGCACCAAAAGCGGGCGCUUUGCCUCGUCAUACACUCCGUUCCGAACCUCUCCAGCUUGUUCCUUGCCAAGGCUCUGCUCCAGGCUUGGGGAACGCCCGUGUUCGAGUCCAUGGUUCGGAAAAUCAGGCAGCACGGCGAUUGGUGGAUGAAUAUUCCAAAAGGGAAGGAGGAGGAGUUUAGAGUGAGAGGAAAGCGGUGGGAUUGGAAGAAGAAGAAGUAUUAUGCGGUGGAGGGUGGUGUGGAUGGGCGGGUGCAGUGUGUGAGGCUGGAAGCGGCGCUGUUGAAGUGGAUUGAGGCGAUAGGAGCGGGGGAGUUGGGGCAGCAGAGGUUUCACGGGCAGCAGAGGUUUCACGGGCAGCAGAGGUUUCACGGGCAGCAGACCCCAUGGGGCGGCGAUGAUGAUUCCUGGCCAGAAGAGCUCCCAGACAACCGCCCUGAUUCUCCUGACUCCCUCAAUGCUGUUGACUCUGUUGACUCUGCUGAAGCGCUUGAUGCUCUUGAAGCUAUUGACUCUCGUGGCUUCCCUUCCUUGCCGCUGCCGCCUCAAAGCAAGCCUCCUCCUCCUCCUCUGCACAUGUCUAUGCAGCGCCAACAAGGGGCAUGGGGCAGGGAUGGGUCCUGGCCUGGUGCCUUUGACCGUACUUCUCCCAUGACUGCUGUGAACGCCACAGCACAGCAGAGGGAGGGGUUUUCGGGCAAGGAUGGUUCAUGGGCAGCGGGUCUUCCUGCACCUCGUGCUACUGGCUUCUCUGGUUCUCAAGCCGCUGGUAAUCUUAGGCUUCGUGUUCCCCCCGGUUUCCCUGGCUCCCGUGCUGCAGACCCUCUUGCCCCUCGUGCUGGCUUCCCUGGUGCACAUGCAGCUGACCCUCUUGCUCCUCGUGCUCCUGAAUUUCGAGGCACACGUACCGCUGCUGACCCUCUUGCUCCUCGUGCUCCUGUCAUGGGUUCGGAGGAGUGGCAGCAGAGGCUGCAGGGGCAGCACAGGUCGACUUUUGAGUCGACUCAAAAUUCAACUAUUGACUCUCGUGCUGCUGUCAUGGGCUCGGAGCACUGGCAGCAGAGGCUGCAGAGACCAUUAGGAGGGGUUGGUUCUUGGGCAGGUGGUUUCACUGCCGCACCAUCCCUUGGUAACGGUCUCAACCGCUCUCCACCCAUGCCUGGACACGCUUUCUCUGGUCCCCAAGCAGCUGGUCUCACUCCCAAUGCGGGCCCUGCUGGUCCCACCACGCGUGGCAAGCGCUUGCCAAAGUGUGCGGUGAGACAGGAUCAGAGAGGAGGAGGUGGUGGUGGAGAGUGGAUGGGAGGGCUGCCUGGCGGCACUGCUGCUUUUCCUUACUCCUCUCGGAACGCAUCUGGGUACUUGUAUGAGCGGGGAGAGAGGGCAUUUGGUGGUAGUGAGUGGGGGGAAGGAGCGGGAGGAGGGGUUGGAGCAGUGGGAUGGGGAGGGGAAGGAGGAGGGGAAGAUGGAGGACCAGACUACGGGGUUAGAGGAUUGGGUAAUGAGAAAAGGCAGGGAAAGAAGAGGAGGGUGGUAGAGGAGGAGAGAGUGAGAGAGGAGAGAUUGGGGAGGAAGGAGAUGGUGAGAGAGGAGAUGGCACGAGAGGAGAGGGUGAGAGAGAAGGUGAGAAGGUCAGAGGGCGGUCGAAGUCUGGAAACAUCUCAGUCGAAAAAAGCACUUCAAAAGAAGGGAAGGAGCGGAGCAAAGACGGGUAUUGAUUCAGCUGGUACACAGGCUUUUGAGACGCCUCAAAAGCAGGCUGAAAAGCGGUCUAAGAAACGAAACGCUUCCUUUCACACUGCAUGGGCCAUGCUGGUUGGUGGGGGCGCUGCUGGGGAGACAAAAAAAAAUGCUGAGGGUGGAGUUGAGACGACUGGAAACACCAUGCAGGCUGGUGGGGAUGCAGGAGGGGAGACGGAUGGUGUGGGGAGAGAAACAGAGGGACAGGCUGGAGGGGAUGGGGGCGAGAUGGGCGGCAGUGACGGGGAGCGGGGCGGCGGUGACGAGGAUAGGGGCGGCGGUAGCAGGGAGAGGGGCGGCAGUGACGGGGAGAGGGGCGGCAGUGACGGGGAGAGGGGCGGCAGUGACGGGGAGAGGGGCGGCAGUGACGGGGAGAGGGGCGGCAGUGACGGGGAGAGGGGCGGCAUUGGAAGGGAGAGGGGCGGCAGUGACGGGGAGAGGGGCGGCAUUGGAAGGGAGAGGGGUGGCGGUGACCCUGUCUUGAUGACUCACAAUGGCGGGGAAAAUGGAGAUGAAGGGGAGAGAGGCGGUGGGGAAGGGGAGGGUGAUUGUGGGAGAGGGGACAAGGAUGGUGGGAGAAAGGAGCGUAGCCGUGCGGGAGGGGAAAUUGAUAGCAGUGGAGGGGAUAAAGAUGCAACUGGGGGUUUAAAGAGUGGGAAGAGGAAUGGGGGAGAACGGGGUGGUAAUAGGCAGGACAACGGCGGGAAUGGGCAGGAGAGCGGUGGGAAUGGGCAGGAGAGCGGUGAGAAUGGGCAGGAGAGCGGUGAGAAUGGGCGGGAGAGCGGUGGGAAUGGGCGGUCGAGGGGUGGGAAGGCAGAGGUGAAUGAGAUAUUGGUGAAGGAAGAGGAUUUGAGUGGUGGUUCUAGCAAGAGGAGUGAGAGUGAGAGUGAGGAGAAUUCUAGAGAAAAAGUGGAGGUGAGGAGAAGGAGAGUGAGAGGCAGGAAGAAGAAAGGAAAGAAGGGCGCGAGUGAGAGUGAGGAGGAUUCAGAUGAUGAGGAGUUAAGAAGAGGGGGGAGAAAGGGGAGGAGGCGAGGGAAGAGAAGAGGAAAGAGGAAAGGUAGCAAGGGUGAGGGUGAGGAUGAGAGCGGGAGUGAGAGUGAGGAGGAUUCAGAGGAUGUAUUGGAGGCGAAGAGAGGAGAGAGAGGAGGGAAAGGAGGGAGGAGGAAGGAUAGGAAGGGCGAGAGUGAGAGUGAGAGUGAGAGUGGGAAUGAGGGUGAGAGUGAGAGCGGGAGUGAGGAUGAUUCAGAAGAUGUAGUGGAGGUGAGACAAAGAGUGAGGAGACAAGGGAGUAGGAAAGGAAGAAAGGGGAGGAAGAGGGAUGGGAAGAGAGGAGGGAAGAAGAGGCGGAGAGCGCGGGAGAGAGGGAGAGACGAUAGGCGAAGGGGAAGGAAAGGGAGAACCAGAAACUCAAGUGAUGAGGAUGGUGAUGGUGAUAGUGAUGACGGCGAUAGUGAUAGUGAUGACGGCAGUGCUAGUGAGAGUGAUGAUAGUGAAAGUGGAAGCGAUGAUAGUGAUAGUUCUAGUGACGAUAGUGAUAGCAGUGAGAGUUACAAUACUGAUUCAAACAAAGAGGAGGAGGAGGGAGAGGUGGAUGAUGAUAGAAAAAGGAGGAGGAAGUAUCCCGGACAAGGCAGCAGCACAGGAGUAGCAGCAUCCUCUGCAGUGGUCGAGGCUCUGGUGGCGCAGGCAGCAGCGCAGGCUGCAUCUGGGGCAGGCUUACCUCUUCCAACCUCAUGGUUUCAACCGGUGCUGCUGGGUUGGGAGGUGCCGGUCUAG